AUGCAAUUAAGGGGGGAAUUGAGCUAUUUGAAUUCCAUGAAAGUUAAAACGGAGGAAACGUCGGAUUCGAGAAACACUGAGGUGUUACCUUAUAACAUCCAAAAUCAACCGAAUGCAGUAGACAACAACAUUGUUGAUAAUGGUAAUGUAGCGACGGAAAGAACGACUAAGCCACAUUUAAUAAAGUCGAAUUCAACCGCUACCAACGGGAACCUUUUGAAGAACAACAAGGUAUUCAUGGAGUCGCUUAUUCCUGUCAUUAACAAAUUACAAGAGGUUUUUUCCGCAGUUGGCACGCGUGAGGCAGAAAUACAACUGCCGCAAAUUGUCGUCGUUGGCUCACAGAGUGCAGGUAAGAGUUCUGUCUUAGAAGGUAUCGUUGGUCGGGAUUUUCUACCACGUGGAGCUGGUAUUAUUACCAGACGACCAUUGAUUCUGCAUCUAGUCAAUGUACCUAUUGAUGACAGAGAAGCUAGAAUUACUGAUGAAGGUAGAACGAUAAAUGCAACUGAAUGGGCUACGUUUGGUCACGUACAAGAGGUGGUCUUCACAGAUUUCAAUGACGUGAUGCAAGAAAUCGAACGUGAAACGGACAGAAUCACGGGAAAGAAUAAAGGAAUAUCUGGGUUGCCAAUCAGUCUUAAAAUUUUUUCACCCAAUGUAGUAAAUUUAACGCUCAUAGAUUUACCCGGAUUGACGAAAGUGCCAGUGGGUGAUCAGCCCACUGAUAUUGAAGUUCAAGUUCGGGACUUAAUUAUGAGUUAUAUAGGAAAUCCAAAUUCCAUUAUUCUUGCUAUAACGCCAGCAAACCAAGAUUUUGCCACUUCAGAACCAUUGAAAUUAGCAAGAGAGGUCGAUCCUGAAGGUUGUCGAACGCUAGCUGUACUCACUAAACUUGACCUGAUGGAUCAUGGUACAGAUGCCAUGGAAGUUCUUCUCGGACGUAUUGUUCCAGUGAAGCUUGGCAUUAUAGGAGUUGUGAACAGAUCCCAAGCAGAUAUCAUGAACAAAAAGCCGAUCGAUGAUUGUUUACGUGAUGAGCAGUCGUUUUUGCAACGAAAGUAUCCUACAUUAGCAAGCAGAAAUGGAAUUCCGUAUCUGUCGAAAACAUUAAAUAGAUUAUUAAUGCAUCAUAUACGAGAAUGUCUUCCACAAUUGAAAAUGCGAGUAAAUGUGCUGAUGUCGCAAUGCCAAACACUGCUAAACUCAUAUGGAGAGCCUGUGCAAGAUUAUGGAAGUACAUUACUACAAAUUAUAACUCGUUUUGCAACUGCGUAUACCACAACCAUUGAAGGUACAUCAAGAAAUAUCGAAACUUCGGAGCUUUGUGGUGGAGCUCGUAUAUGUUACAUCUUCCAUGAAACAUUUGGGCGAGUUCUAGAAUCGAUUGAUCCGUUGGGUGAUUUAACACAGCUCGAUAUACUGACAGCAAUACGUAAUGCAACGGGUCCUCGACCGGCUCUUUUUGUACCCGAAGUAAGCUUUGAAUUAUUGGUAAAAAAGCAAAUUCGCCGUCUAGAGGAGCCCAGUUUGCGUUGUGUAGAACUUGUGCAUGAAGAAUUACAACGAAUUGUGCAACAUUGUGGUAUUCAUACGCAGCAGGAAAUGCAACGUUUUCCUCGCUUGUACGACAAAAUAAGUGAAGUUGUAAGCAAUGUUCUGAAAAGCCGAUUAAAGCCAACGAAUGAAAUUGUUGAAAAUUUGGUAGCAAUUGAACUUGCAUAUAUUAAUACGAAACAUCCGGAAUUUGCCGAUGCUUCACUUGGCAAUCUUUUAAAGGAACACGCAUCUGUUGACGAUGAUUCGAAACGGAAUGUGAAAUACGUUCCUCAAACUGAAACAUCAAUGCCUAAAGUGCACGAGAGUUCCUUGAAUCCGACAAGCUUCACCGGAUGGUUCUUCGGUGGAAAUACGAAAGACAAGGAGUUAGUAUCAACGCAUGCUCUUUCAAGACGCAUGCUGCUUUAUAUGGCUUCUGCUGUCAUCACAGAUAUAAAAGAAAAAACUUGCAAAUUACUAGGCGUAUGUGCCUCAGACUACAGCAUUUUUUCAAGAGCUACAUCAGUUCGCAAACCUGUGAGUUUUUUGCCAGAAGUGCCAGAAAAAACAAUCACACGAAAAUUGACUGCUCGUGAGCAGAAAGAUUGCCAAAUAAUCGAGCGACUCAUUCGAUGUUAUUUCAUGAUUGUCAGAAAAAAUGUUCAGGACACAGUACCCAAAGCUAUUAUGCAUUUCCUAGUGAAUUAUGUUCGCGACAAUUUACAAAGUGAGCUCGUACAGCAGUUGUAUAAACGUGAAGUAAUUGAAGAACUGCUCACCGAAAGUCCAGUUAUGGCUCAAAGAAGAAAAGAAGCGGCUGAAAUGCUUAGUGCGCUCAAUAAGGCGAACAAUAUAAUUAGCGAAGUUCGUGAAACGCAGAUUUGGUGA